UUGAGUAACUUAAUAGGGGCUGCACUCAUCCAGGCACAGGCUGUUUUGAGCAAAAAGACUGAACGUGACAGCUUUUGGGGAUUUUUCUUUUUGAAUCGUAAGCGUGGCUACACUCUAGUUUUGUUUUUUGUUUUUCCUAUUUUAAACUCUAUCAGACUAGAGAGAAAGAAUACCAAUCAGCAAGAACACGGGAACACUACUCCAAAGCUAGGAGCUUGCAUAUAGUGGAGAGUCAGGUGGUCUUAGAAUGGGAGGAGCAGUAUGCUUUCCUCUAUGAAUUUGCCUAAACAGCCUGGAGUCUGCAAGCACUGGAAGUAGUGGAGGCUCAGAGACUAGCGAUCACUACACCGUGAAAGUUACUUCCUCAUUGGGCCGAUGCCAAGGGACUGGACCUUCCUUCCUGAGACAUCAUGGCCUUGACCCCAGAACUGAGCAGACAAACCAAACUGAAAGAGGUAGCAGGGAUCCCACUGCAGGCUCCAACUGUGGACAACUGGAGGCAGAUUCAGACCUUCGAGGCCAAGCCAGACGACCUCCUCAUUUGUACUUACCCUAAAUCAGGGACAACAUGGAUUCAAGAAAUCGUGGACAUGAUUGAGCAGAAUGGGGAUGUAGAGAAGUGCCGGCGAACCAUCAUUCAACACCGACACCCUUUUAUUGAGUGGGCACGGCCACCCCAACCAUCAGGUGUGGACAAAGCCAAUGAGAUGCCAGCUCCAAGAAUAUUAAGGACCCAUCUUCCCACUCAGCUGCUGCCAUCAUCUUUCUGGACAAACAACUGUAAGGACACUUCCAGCUCAUAGUAGUCAGCAUAAGAU